AGGAUGUUGUGGAAUAAUCACAUACUUUCAUCUUCGCUAAUUACAUCAGCUAUUCCGUGUUCUGGUGUGGCUGUAGUGCUUUUGACAAUUGGUUUUGAUCUCUAGAAAUGGAUGUCAGCACAGAGAACAAAAGUUCACUAAGCACGUAGUAUACCAGCACAUAUGUUAUCUUCCCUUCUGUGAUCUCUGCAUCGUGAAAUUAUACAUCGAGGUGCAGGUGAAGAAGUCUCUGUGCCAGCAGUUGCAGGACUCAGCCUGCCCACUAGAGACUUGCUAGUUCAGGGUCCAGAGUGAAACCCAGCACAGUGGUCAGUUCAGUUUCACUUUUGAAUGCACCGAAUUGGGAACAGCUCACUCUCCCUUUCUUUAAAACGUAGAGCCUGUUACAGGGUUCAAUUAUUUCUUAUUUGCAUGGACCUCCUCCUUAUGGAGAAGACAACAAACAGGAAAUUGCAGAGAUGCAAACAAACUGGUUUGGCAGAUGAUGGGAAAGGAACAGCUGUGUCAUCAUAUUUAAGCUGAACAUCUGAGGCAAAAGAAACCUGAUUCCUAAGGCAGCUGAGCAGCACCUAGGAGGUGUUGUUGUAGACUUCCUUAAUUUGGUGUUGAGCCUCACUGUGCUUCAGGUACUGCCAUACUCUUUUUUUUGCUGAGUCUUCCAGCAGGAACUGAAAACUAUGUAUCUGUUCCUCCUUUCCAUUCUAUAUUUGCCUCUGAAACCCACUAGCAGCCAAGAAGUUAUAUUUGGCCAUAACCAUUUCACUGAGUAUCAAGUGGGCAACAUGAACCUGAUCCUCUCUGUCCCACAUGGUGGGUCAAUGGAACCUGAAGACAUCCCUGACCGAGAGGCUGGCUGUUGGGAUGCAGAGACAUCUUCUUGUAUUUUCUCUCAUGAGUGUCCUCCUGGAAGCAUUCAAAAUUAUGACAAGUGUAAAGUAUCUACCAAACAAGACAGAUACACAAUAGAAGUGGCUCAGGCUCUUGCUGAGGAAAUCAACAAAAUUACUGAUGGUUUCUUUCCACAUAUUGUUUUAAACCACUUACAGAGGUUCAAGAUGGAUGCCAACAGGGAAAAGGAAGAGGCCACCUUUGGAGUUCCCCAAGCAGAACAGGCCUGGGAGGAUUACAUGGGGUUUUUGACCACUGCAAAAUCACAGAUGACAGGGGGCCUGAUUCUGGAUAUCCAUGGACAAGCACAUCCCGAACAGUGGAUAGAAUUAGGUUAUACACUUUCAAAAACUUCUCUUAACUCGGGUGACAUUUCUGCUUCAAAUUCCUCCAUUAGACAUCUGUCCAAUCAGCUAGUUGGUGUGUCUUUUGAGACUUUGCUUGCAGGGAACAGAAGUUUGGGUAAAUAUAUUGAAGAACAAAAUAACAGUUACAUUUGUGUGCCUUCUCUAUCCAAUCCAAGCCCCAAAAAUGGGAACUAUUAUAGUGGUGGAUAUAUAACGCAGACUUUCGGCUCCCGACAUUCUGGUGUUGUUGAUGCUAUUCAGAUUGAACUGCCACAGUGGGUGAGGGCACCUAAAGAACUUCCCAAAUUCUGUAAAGCACUAGCAAAGGCUGUAAUGAAAUUCUGGCAAACUAACUACUGCAGCCAGCUCAAGCACGGGUUUCUGCCGUGCUGAAAAAUGUUGUCUUAAUUAAGAUACCUUUCCAUAAUAUAGUAAUGAUCUGGAACAACUGAUAUACCUAAAACACUUAAACCUGAAAUACAAGUGUGGAUGCUAGAGAAAAAUAGCCUCAUAAGCUUUUCUGUUUUUAAUUUCUUUCCUGUAGCAUCCUUUGUUCUCUAGGAUACAAUAAGCGUCUGUUCUAGUUAAUUCUGUGUAGUCCAGUGCAUUAGUAGAUUGCCUAUUCAAUAAAAUUGGGUCUCUCUGCUUUUCUUCUGAUACGAAAAACAAAAGAAUGAAUUCAUUCAGUACUUCAAGGCAGAUGUUUAGCCACUAGCUGGGAAGCACGGCCACAGCACACAUAGCAGUUACUUAAGAUGAUGAACGCCUUAAUCACCUCACUUUUUUCAUCCUUUUUCCAGACUUUUAUUGCUGAGCAGGACAUAAUAUGGUGUGGGAUAUCUCUGGUCAGUUCAUGUCAGCCAUACCAGAUGUGGUCUCUCCUAUCCUGUAAAUUGGGAGUGGGGAAAAGAAACAGCUUGAUGACACAGGCAACUCUUAGCAAUAGCCACAACACUGUUGUGUUAUUGUGCUUUUUAAAUCACAACUCAAAACACAGCAGCAUGUGGAAUGCUAUGAAGAAAACUAGCUUAAUCCUAGCCAGAAUUAGAGCAUUUUUACUCUCCAGAGACAUUUGCAUGCCAGCAAUAGAAGUAUUUUUUGCAGAUUUAUGGCCCUGAAUCUUUAAAAGCAGUCAAUCACAGUAAGGUGCUUUUCAUUCUUAACUAUCAAGACGUGGAGCAAGUUGGGCUUUUCUGUAAGUGUCUUGUUAUAAUCAUGUUACAAUUUUUUCACUGCUUGAAGAACUGGGAUGGAUGUAGAGAUUUUAUUUCCAUAUGCUCAAGGAACCUGCUAAACUACUUGCCUUAAGAUGAACGUAAUAUUCACUUGUCUUGAUUCUGCUCUCCAUUGAGCUUUGUCUCCUCUUUCGGUUCAGUUAGAGUGGAUGCUUCAGGUUUGUUCCGCUGAUGAUCUGUAGAAAUAAACUGCAGUUUUUCAAGAGAUAAUAAAUAUACCUACAAUCAGACCACUUUCUGGUGUUUUGUAAGAGCACAGACAAAAAAUUGUUGUGCAUUCAGCUCACAAAAAAAAUUGAUGAUGCUUUAUGUAAAUCUGUUGUAAUGCCAUUGGCUUCAAUGUAUUUGCUCCUAACUUGUCAGGAAAGAAAAUAAAACAUAGAGUUCCAAGGCACAUUGAUGGUCAGAAAAACAGUAUAUGUACCAUCUAUUUGAACAAUAUGUAUCAGCUCCUGCAUUUGUUAGGUUAGUAUGAAUGAGAUACUCCAUCUGUAAUGCUGCUUUUAAAACCAUAAGUCAUAUAUAUUUGGAUGCUCUAUUUAUUCUACCUAACGAACUGCCUAAAUGUUUGCAGUCUUGUCCAAGCUGGUUCACUAGGCUUUCUCUACAGAGAGAAAUCAGUACGACUUCAAGGGGUGAUUCUUUCCACCUCUAAUGGUGGUGAUGAUGCUGCGGAAUUUCUGGUCUCACUCCAAAUAAGGAACAACGAAGGAAGCCUUGUUAGCUCAUAAUAUAUCUAACCAACAGUACCUACAAAAUCGUAUUAACUUACAGUUAACUUACAGACUGUGUAGAAUCAAUAGUCUGGCUAAAAGAAAAUACUCUGAAACAAUAACUUGAUGACAUGAGGCUGAAUGGGAGAAAUAAAUGGUUGGACUACUCA